AUUUUUUUUCUACAUUUUUUUCUGGUGUUUAUUCAACAAAUAUAAAUAAUUUAUUUGAAUUCUGAACACAUUUCUUUACAAAAUGUCAUGGGCAAAUAUACAAAGCGUUUGCGUCGAUAUUUAUCCGCCCUCUCAUUGGUUGAAAACCAGGAAGUUUUCACCCGGUGGGCGAAACGGCGGUCUUUGAGUUGGUCAAAACUGCAAUUCUUUUAAGUUAAUCUAAAAAGUUUUUUGUAUCUUCUUCAAUAUGUGUGAAAAGAUAAAAAAGGUUAACAACUGGCUCGCCUCAGUGUUUGGUGAUCAGCCGGUGCCACAGUUUGAGGUCAAUUCAAGAGUAAUGGACAUAUUGUACCAACUUACAGAGACCAGCGAAGCUCGAUGCAGUGACACCGCUUUGCUUAUAGAAGAUCUCAAACAGAAAACUUCAGAGUAUCAGACUGAGGCUAUUUACCUGCAGGAUGUUCUCCUAGAAGGGGUUGGUCUCUCUCCCACAAGCUUGUCAAAACCAGCUGCCGACUACGUGUCUGCUUUAGUGGACAGUGCCAUGGUGCUGGGAGUAAGAGACACAUCACUGGGAAGUUUUAUGCCAGCAAUCAACAGCCUCACCAAUGAACUGCUGGAAGCAGAGAAGUCUAAUAUAAGACUCGAGAGGGAACUCGGAGCUCUCAGAAAGACACUUGGUUCCACUCUGGUGCUACGGGCGGACUUGCAAGAGGAUAUUGACAGCACUGCUAAAUCACAAGCAGUGGAGGGCUCUAAAGCAGAAGAAAGGCUGCUCACCAUGGACUUUGUGGCGGCAAAGACCGCAGAGCUUACUAUCAAAUUGAAGAGAUCUGAGGCUGAGCUCACAUCCAGGAACAUGGAUAAGUCUAUCACCCACCAGGCCAUUGUACAGCUGGCCGAGGAAGUCGGUACCCUGAAUACAGAAAUAAUCCCCUUGAGAAAAAAACUGGAGUCAUACCUGGACCUCAGCCCAAGCCCGUCUCUGGCACAAGUGAAAAUAGAAGAAGCAAAAAGAGAACUGGCUGCAAUUGAUUCGCAACUUGAGGAAAAUUUGAAUUUCAGUUGAGGAUGUGUCAAAUGUCAAAAUUAUUAAAAAUAAACCUUUCCCCUUUUAAAGUCCCA